UAAACAAACAAAUACACAAUCAGGUACUGUAACUCUCUCAUAUAUCUUUAGAUAAUCCCAUCCUAUCUCUACUAUAAGAAAGUAGCUAGUAGAGUCUACAGCUAACACGGGAUCGAAUAUUCUAGCCCUCAAAUACUCCAAAACCUCCCAAACUCGUCAAAAUGGUCGACAUCAGCCCUGCUUUCGUUAAGGCCCAGGAAGACUCCAGGAAGCUUACCUCCAAGCCUGGUAACGAUGAACUCCUCGAGCUCUACGGUCUCUAUAAGGUCGGCAACGGCGAAGACUUCAGCAAGGCCGAGAAGCCCGGCGUGUUCGACCUAAAGAACAAGUACAAGUACCAGGCGUGGCAGAAGCUCGUCGACGAGGGUAUCAGCCCCGCGGACGCCCAGGACCGCUACGUCAAGCUCGUCGAGACCCUGAAGGAGAAGUACGGCUACGACGCGAACAAGGAGCCCGAAGCCGUCAAGAGCUCUUAGAUUUGUAUAGAUCUCUAGUUCUGUCGUUGCAUCUAUCGCGUUCUCUUCGUUUUAGACCAGUCGGUUAGCCCCGUGUUUAUAGCGAUGUUAGGUGCGCUCCAGUCUCGAAGGAGCCCUGGAAUUCUUCGCGGUUAGACUGUGUGGGCAGCGAUACGCUGCAGACGUUAUAGCUAUAUAGAUUAAUCUAUACUAUCAAGUGAAUGUGCGAACAUGACUUCAGGAUAGUCGAGGGAGGUGAUUUACGACUAGAUUUGUUGCAUACUCGAGUUGCUCGUUUAACAUAACCGGAUGUCUUAAAUUGACCUCUAAUAUAA